GGGCGCAGGAUGGCCGUGUUCUAACUGGGAUCCUCGCUGACGUGUGGCCGCCGGCUCCUUGGCAGCUGUCUUUUUGGACCAGUAGGCAGAGGGGAAAUUGACGCUGACGAGCCUUUUGCAUCUUGGAAGGGACUGCAAUCUACUGUAGUGAAGAACAGAACCUCUCAAUCACACGGUGUAAAUAAGAGACGGAGGGGAGUCCAAAAGAAAAGGAAGAGGGGAAAAGUGUGUGUUGGGGGAGCGGGGAAAAGCAUUUUUGGUGGAUGGUAUGAAGCCAGCCAUGGAAACUGCAGCCGAGGAAAAUACUGAACAAAGCCAAGAGAGAAAAGGCUGCUUUGAAUGCUGCAUCAAGUGUCUGGGAGGAGUCCCCUAUGCCUCUCUUGUGGCCACCAUCCUCUGCUUCUCUGGGGUCACCUUGUUCUGUGGCUGUGGGCAUGUGGCCCUUGCAGGCACUGUGGCAAUUCUUGAACAACACUUCUCCACCAACACCAGUGACCAUGCCUUGUUCAGCGAGGUAAUACAACUGAUGCAGUAUGUCAUCUAUGGGAUUGCGUCCUUUUUUUUCUUGUAUGGGAUCAUUCUGUUGGCAGAAGGCUUCUAUAUCACAAAUGCAGUGAAGGAGCUGCAUGGCGAGUUUAAAACAAGUGCCUGUGGCCGAUGCAUCAGUGGAAUGUUCGUAUUCCUCACCUACAUGCUGGGAGUGGCCUGCCUGGGCAUGUUUGGUUUCUCCACCGUUCCCGUGUUUAUGUUCUACAACAUUUGGUCAACUUGUGAGGUCAUCAAAUCCCAGAUCAAUGGCACGACAGCUGUGGAGCAGAUCUGCGUGGAUAUCCAACAAUACGGUAUCAUUCCUUGGAAUGCUUUUCCAGGAAAAAUAUGUGGCUCUGCUCUUGAGAACAUCUGCAACACCAAUGAGCUCUACAUGUCCUAUCACCUGUUCAUUGUGGCCUGCACUGGAGCUGGUGCCACCGUCAUUGCCCUGCUGAUCUACAUGUUGGCUACUACCUAUAACUAUGCCGUCUUGAAGUUUAAGAGUCGGGAAGAUUGCUGCACUAAAUUCUAA